UUGGGAAGUCCGAUUCAAUUGACCUAAUCGGUUCAUUCAAAUGUGUUUCAAUGAACUGUAAAAAAACUAAAUAAAAAAAUAGAUUCACGGAUUUGUUUGAGUUGAAAGGAAUGAUCACUCAGUAAUUAUCCCAGGCGGAAUCCAAUAGGGAAACAACAUUUUACUUGGAAUUUCAGGAUUCUUGCCGCCCACUGAACAUAGGUUCCACCAUAGAUAUGUAUUAAAACUAAUAAUAGUUAUUGAUUUAGAAAUGGGUUUCAUAGGCUAUGUUGUGAAUAAAGAGAACAGAAUGAUUCAUGCUAUGACCAACUGACUGAUGUAAUUGAAGAUGCAUUAAAAUUGUUAUAAUACACGACACACAACCUCAUUUACUUUUAUGUGCUUAUCUUUAGGCCGCUGGAUGGUAAAUUGGAUAAUAUUAAUAAAAAUUUCCACAACUACUAUUAAUGCUAGGGUUGCUACCCACCCUGUAAAAUAUGGGAUUGUCCCUUAUUUAAAGAUGAAAUGACAUGUCCCCUAUUGAAUCAUUACAGUACACAAUUUGUACCAUAUUGAAGCUGGUCAGAUGGUGUCAUGGUGAAAAUUGACCUACAUUAAGGGACCAUCUGAAAAGUACACACAGCGCUAAAACGUGCAAAAAAUCUGAAGGGGGUGUGGUAAGGGACCGUCUGAAAAUAUCAGCAACAAACCCUCAUCAAUAACUCUAGAUUGUCCCAUAUGUUACAUCUUCAAAAGUGGCAACCCUAAUUACAGCCUUACUAUUUUGUAUCCAUCCAUGCAGUUUUUCAAACGUUUUACAGCAUCUCCCUGUUGUGCUGGAGCGCAGCAUUUUUUAAACACAUGACAAGUUAAAAAAAAGAACUUCAAUUGUUAAAAUGCAUUUUGAGACACCUGUGCUCUGUUCAAUUCGUAGUGCUUCGUUCGGUGUGAACGGAGCUCCUUUCUCUUUAUUUGAUCCUUUUUGACCAAUGACAAAUAUAAGCACUUGAAACGUUUAGGAAUGAAGUAUUAUCAGAUAUAUCAAAUAUAUUGUACUGCAAUAAUAUAAUAUUUUAAAGGAGAUUUAUUUGUUUAAUUUUGCAUUGUUUUACCUUUUUUUAUAUACAUAGUACAUACCUGUAUUUACAUCCAGUAUACUGUAUAUCAUAAUGUGCAUUAGCAUGCUAGUGACCUGCCAGCCCACCGUGGAAAAAGGAUUAACUCACCCGAUGGCCAAUCCACCCCUGAUCCUAGUGUUCAUUUAUUUUUUUGGGGUAGUGAAAUAUUGCUGCUACUGUCACAAUGUUUUCGAUUACAAUUUAAAAAGUCUGUUUUAAAAGUGUGUAACUUUUCGAUGUUAAAAUACUUUUCCUGUCCCAGCUUAAUAUAAGUACGCAAUUAAUUGGCUUUUCGAUUUCAUCGAAAAUUAAACUGUAUCUAUGGUGCUAAAAAAAAAAAGCAGCCCAUCCAGGCUAACUUAGCACUAUUACCUCAACCGAUGGCAUGCGUUUUGUGGUGGGACUAUCUGUAUGUUCGUCCAAGGUGGGUAUAUUCGGGAAGCUGUUUGAAAACAUGAAGUGCGUCCCAAAUCGCAUUCUUCUGCACUAUUCUACGCCCUUUUGUAGUAUGAGUAGUGUGUUCACAUUGAAAAUGCAACAAAAAGAAGAGUACUACAAGUGCCCGGAUGAUGUACUAACCGAAAAACGUGUGGAACAUUGGACACUUCAUGCACUCAACUCAACAGUCGCGGCUUCCCCUACGUAGCAACUAGCGAAGCUUCUGUGAAUACAGCACCUUACAAAUCAGAGGUGAGGAAGAGGAGGAAGAACAGAGGCGGGAGAGGGGGGAGGCAGGUCGUUUGUAUAGCUUGUGCCCUACUGGAAAGAAGUUCCGGAGCAAGCCUCAAUUGGCUCGUUACCUUGGCAACUCAAUGGAUCUCAGCUCCUUUGAUUUCCGCACAGGCAAGAUGCUCAUGAGCAAGCUGAACAAAAACAGACAGAGACCCCGAUAUGACAACAAUAGCCAGACUAAGGGCAAACCCGACCUGAACACAUCCCUCCCAGUGCGCCAGACUGCCUCCAUCUUUAAACAACCUGUCACAAAAGUUACCAACCACCCCAGCAAUAAGGUCAAGACUGACCCACAGAAGGCCAUUGACCAACCCAGACAGCUUUUUUGGGAGAAGAAGUUGAGUGGCCUCGAUGCCUUUGACAUGGCAGAGGAGCUUGUGAAAACAAUGGAUUUACCUAAAGGCUUACAAGGAGUUGGCCCCGGGUGCACAGAUAAGACCCUGUUGUCAGCUAUUGCCAGUGCACUUCACACGAGUGCAGCUCCCAUCACAGGCCAGCUGUCUGCCGCUGUGGAGAAGAACCCGGGAGUUUGGCUUAACACAGCUCAACCUCUCUGUAAGGCCUUCAUUGUCACAGACGAGGACAUCAGAAAGCAGGAGGAGCUGGUGUACAGCGUUCGGAAGCGACUGGAGGAGGCUCUGAUGGCCGACAUGUUGGCUCAAGUGGAGGAAACGUCUAAUGAGGGAGACACUGUCAAGGAGGAGGGAAAUUGUAAUGAUGACAAGCAGGAAGUAUAGCAUAGGGCAUUCAAAUGUGUCUGAGUUUCCCAACAUAGUCACACUACAACCAGACGCUUUACUGAUCAGCAUACCACAUUACCAUGAAACAUCUCCCAGCUUCGCUGAAUAUCCAUUUGCGACCACCAGUUGGGAUCUCAGAAAGACUGUUGGCUCAAUUUUCAGGAAAAAAACGCUUUUUCUGUUUUGUAAUUAUAAUUUUUUUGAUAAUAUGAGUAUUUUCUAAAAAGAACAAAAUGUUUUAAAAAUUCAACAUUUAGGUGAACUUCCCCUCUACAGGAAAGAUUGCCACGUGCAUUGAGUGAUUCCAAAAGUGUUUUCAAAGGAGGGGGAAUUGGAUUUGAUGUGGAAAAUGACAAUCAAGUCAAAAAUACAAUCCUCCAGAUUUAAGGGGUGCUAAAAAUACAUACACAGCUGACAUAAACUGAUCUGUGGAUGCAUGCCCAUGUCUGUGAUUAAAUAAAUGGAUAAGAGUUGAGGCAAACGAAUGCAUCCAAUGUAGUUGAUAUGUUUCAAACUCCAUUGAAGAGAUAAAGGUAUUUUUUGAUAUGUAUUGAUUUCUCUCCAUUAGUGUUAUUUUUUUAUAGUAUAUCAUGCACAAAAUCAGUAUUAUUUAGUUUAAUAGGUUCCAAUUUGUUCAUAUUCAGUUCUAAAUUUCUGAUGUUAUCCACAAUGCCACAUGUUUUAUAAUGUUGUCUCGAGGAAAGUGAGGCACUAAUAAAGAUAUUCAUAGUUACAAAGGGUCUAAUGGUGCAGAGGUGGCCAAACCCAUCUCGGUUUCUUUAGAAUUGUAUGUUUUCAACUCAUCUCUGGUGCUUGUUAAAAUUGCCUGUUUUUAUAAGCUAUUCAUACUUGACACUGAAUACUAUUUCCAUGAAAAAUAAAUCUGAAUUUGAUAUUGAAAUGUGAAUGGUGAUUCAUACAGUUUGAUGCAUAAACAUCAUCCUGUGAUGCAGCUAUUGAAACAAACACAUUGUGGAAAGUGUUUUGUAAAAGAUCUAUUCCAUGUUUCUUUCAAAGCCCACGUCAACACGCUGUUAGCCAUGUUUACUUGUGCAUUCCUCAAAAUAAAAUGUU